UUAUAUGCGGGUGUUUUAUAGGUAGUCGGGUUCGAAUAUCAUUUGUAUUGGUCACGUGGUGAAGGCAUAUAAAUAGGCGAACAUGUGUUUGUGCGGCAUUCUAAGCACGCUCGCUAGUUCUACGUACAGGUAAAUUUUACACACUACAAAAACUUUAUGGCUGAAAGUGACCAUUGCAUGGAAACUCCGGGAGAAGAAUUUGGUUUAUUUAAUGAAGAGGCCGUUUCUUUAUUCAGUUCUUCACUGAACAAAGCUUUAGAAAGGCAGAGCAAUGUUAUUGUGAGCACUAUAACGGGCCUUACAGAAAAGUUGACAAAAAGCAACGCGGGGAAAAACGUGCCGCACGUGGAGGAACCAACAGUUUCAGUUAACGGGUCACCAGGAUUCGAAUUCAAACACGAGGGACACAAGAUUCAGUUUAACUUUAAUCAAGCAAGAUAUUCCAAGUUGUCAGAGCUAGGAAAGUUGAUUCAGGAGUGUGAUUUUCAGAAAGCAGCAGACAUCGUAAAAGAGGAACAAGCAGCAAUACUUCAAAGAAACAAGAUUUUAAAGAUUGCAGACCGGCACGGAUGGGAUACCGUGAGUGAAUACCUUGUCGACCCCUUAGCGGACGACACCGAAGAUGCUACUAAGCUUCGUUACGCUGUUAGUCGUGCUGCUAGGAAACGCUCCUAUCGAAGCAAGCCCUACGACAAACGGAGAGGCAAUUUCGCGCCAAAUGACUUUUUUCCUGGAUCAGAUAUAAACAGUAUUUUUGCGGCAUAUAAGUUUGCUAGUAAUGUUCUAGUGCUGAGAGUUGAUUUUAGAUAGAUCAUAUGGAUGAUCAACAAGGUUCCAUGAACCACAUGGCAUAUCUUGCAUGGCACCAUGUGCAUAAUGAAUUCUAGAGCAGUAUUUUGAGCACCAUGUGCAUAUACCUUAUGAGCUACAUAUGAAAUUGUAAACAAAGCACCAUGUGCGUUUUCUUGUGUAUACUAAGAGAAUUUCGAAUUGAAACGAAGUGGGAUUUUGUGAGCUAAAUAUGAAUUAGAGAUAAGGCACCAUGUGCGUUUUCAGAAAAUCAAAUGUAAUUGAAUGGGGCAUGCAUGAACUAUAUCUCAAGUCUCAAGGUGGAAAGUUGUGGGACAACUUUGCAGUAGAGACAAAGAUAACCUCCACCCGUGUUGAUUUGUCGAGUACUUACGCACUUGCAGAUAUGUAAAGCUUUUGGUACAAUAAUUAUUCCAAAAUGGAAAUCUUCAAUGUUUUGGCCUCUGAUUUGGAAUGCAAAGCAAAACAAUUUUCAUUAUUUUGUAAAAGGAUUUAUUGAGUAUAAUAAUCCAAAAAUUUUUUUCAAAGCUGGAUCAGAUAUAAACAGUAUUUUUGCGGCAUAUAAGUUUGCUAGUAAUGUUCUAGUGCUGAGAGUUGAUUUUAGAUAGAUCAUAUGGAUGAUCAACAAGGUUCCAUGAACCACAUGGCAUAUCUUGCAUGGCACCAUGUGCAUAAUGAAUUCUAGAGCAGUAUUUUGAGCACCAUGUGCAUAUACCUUAUGAGCUACAUAUGAAAUUGUAAACAAAGCACCAUGUGCGUUUUCUUGUGUAUACUAAGAGAAUUUUGAAUUGAAACGAAGUGGGAUUUUGUGAGCUAAAUAUGAAUUAGAGAUAAGGCACCAUGUGCGUUUUCAGAAAAUCAAAUGUAAUUGAAUGGGGCAUGCAUGAACUAUAUCUCAAGUCUCAAGGUGGAAAGUUGUGGGACAACUUUGCAUUGAUAAAAUUUGUCUUUUUUAUAGCUUCAAGCGGCGUAAGUGACAGGUUGUUAAAAAUUCAUGGUCGAUGGAAAUCGGAUUUUUCAAGGGACAACUACAUUAAAGAUUGUGUGCAAAAGCAACUUCAUGUUACCAAAGAUUUGAACAUAUGAAAGGUUUAUAUAUUGUUCACUUUUGUUUAUAUAAUUAAUAACAAAUGCGUUACUUCCGCCAUUAGAUUUUUCUCUCUUUGUUUUUCUAAGUGCUAGCGAGCUGCCAUCCUACUUAUACUAUAUAGUUUCUUGUUUUUUGGUAAUUAGCAUCUAAUUAAUUUAUAUUCGGACGAACAAAGUGAGGGAGAAUAUAAUUAUAAUUAUAUGCGGGUGUUUUAUAGGUAGUCGGGUUCGAAUAUCAUUUGUAUUGGUCACGUGGUGAAGGCAUAUAAAUAGGCGAACAUGUGUUUGUGCGGCAUUCUAAGCACGCUCGCUAGUUCUACGUACAGGUAAAUUUUACAAUAUUUCUAUGGCGGAUAGUAACCAUUUAUCAGAUGACAUUAAUCUGUGUAUAUAUUGAUGUGUAUUAACAUGAGUAGUUUUGUUUGCGAUAUAUUUCUUAAGGACAUUAUGAGUGAUGAAUAAAGUGCUAGCGAGCUGCCAUCCUACUUAUACUAUAUAGUUUCUUGUUUUUUGGUAAUUAGCAUCUAAUUAAUUUAUAUUCGGACGAACAAAGUGAGGGAG